AUGUUCAGCACCGUUUCCAAAAAGGUCAAUCCCACGUCCUGCCGUCGCAUCCCGCCGAGAGCUCCAACCACCGGCAUCCAAGACAGCCCCUGGCCUGCAUCUCUUCUACUCUUGCGGCUUCGGCUUGCAUGGACACAUCACAUGCUAGCGCCUCUCCGCUGUCUUCCCAUUGGUACCGGUAGCUUUACGAUGCGCUCAUAG